GUCUGUCCAGAAAGGUAACCGCCAUGCAUAGACAGAAAAGUUAUUCAACAAAAGGCGGUCUUUUCCGGGAGGAUUCUGAUGAUGAGCUUGGAUACGAAGAUCACCCCUGGCAAUGGAUUUACGACGACGAGGAAAAGCCCGAACCUCCCGAUGAUGACAGAACACCGACAAAGAAACGAAAAGCCAGUUCUCUUAGCCAAUCUUCAAGAAAGCGACAGAUUGUUGGUGCACGAAUGGGCUCCUUUUGUGUCCGAGUGGGGGAUUCAAUCCUCCUGAAAUCACCAGAGCAAGGCAAAGACUGGGUCGGGCUCAUUUGUUCCUUCUCAGAAACCGACGAGGAUGGUGAGGACGAAAUGUCCGUGUAUAUUCAAUGGUUCUGCACCCCCGAGGAGCUGGCUUUUGGGAAGCGGUCCAAGAUCAGACCGGAUGUGCUACCCAAUGAAUCUUAUAUCACCACCGAUUUCAACAUGAACCCGUUAACAGCAAUCAAUGGGAAGGCUACAGUUUUAUCAAAGGACUCUUUCUUACAGAAGUAUCCUGAUGGGAAACCCCCUAAGUCAAAAUCAGCAGCCAGCAAAUAUGCCAAAACCAUCGUAUGCCGACGAGGAGUCAAGCAGAGAACUCUGCGAUUCACCGAAGACUUUGUCUGGGAAGAGAUCUACAAGGGCCCAGAAGACUUGCUGGACCUGAUCGACUGGAUCAAGGAACAGACCAAAACUCGCAAAAGAGAGAAUGCGAGCAAGGAAGAAGACCUCGAAUAUGACCAGUUGAAAGAGACCGCGGACGAUGGACCAAAGACACCCAGUAAACGUCGAAAGAUGACCUCGGCCGUUUCGACUCCACGUUCUUCUGUCAAGUCCUCCAAAUACACCACUCCCACGCACAAACGAAUACUCAUCAAGAAGCCUAUAGAGAUCACUCCUUUAGGAACCCGAGUCCUUUCUCCCUCACAAUGCAUGUCUACUCCAUACUCGCAUGCGCGAACCACGUUGCACGUUUCCGCCGUCCCUACGUCACUUCCCUGUCGCUCCAACGAAUUCAGUACAGUCUACUCACAUCUCUACUCAGCCAUCGUCGAUGGCUCCGGGGCUUGCAUCUACAUAUCCGGGACGCCCGGGACCGGCAAGACGGCCACUGUUCGAGAAGUGGUAACGUCACUUCACCAAGCAGUUCUAAAUGACGAGCUCGAUGAUUUCAAUUUUGUCGAGAUCAACGGCAUGAAAGUCACCGAACCACACCAAUCAUACUCACUCCUGUGGGAAGCAUUGAAAGGCGACCGGGUCAGCCCGAACCACGCUCUGAGCCUGCUAGAACAGGAAUUCUCUCACCCGUCACCUCGCCGUAUCCCAUGUGUAGUUCUGAUGGACGAGCUCGACCAACUUGUAACGAGGAACCAGAGUGUCAUGUACAACUUCUUCAACUGGCCCGCCAUGCGUCACUCGAGGCUCAUUGUCCUCGCUGUCGCCAAUACCAUGGAUUUGCCCGAGCGGACGCUGUCAAACAAGAUCAGCUCAAGACUGGGGCUGACCAGAAUAACAUUUCCUGGCUACACGCACACCCAGCUGAUGGAGAUCAUUUCUUCGCGAUUGGAGGGCGUUGCCGGUAACAUCGUGGACAAAGACGCUGUCCAAUUUGCGAGCCAGAAGGUUGCCGCAGUAUCAGGAGAUGCGCGCCGAGCUUUGGAUAUUUGUCGUCGAGCAGUCGAAAUUGCGGAACAGUCACAGGAGAAGAAGGACGUGGCGUCCGAUGCAGAUGCCGAAGAAGUGGCAGCUGGCACGCCCAGCCGUAAAAACAGGAGCAAGGCUGACAUUCAGGAGACUGAUAAGACGAAACGACUGGCGCGGGUCACGAUAGCCACGAUCAGGCAAGCCAUCAACGAAGCAACAUCUUCUCCAGUGGCUCAACAUCUCAAGUCUGUGCCGCUCUCUUCGAAGCUCUUUUUGGCAGCUCUCCUUGCACGGUCUCGACGCACAGGCGUCGCCGAGUCCACCCUGGGCGAUGUCGUUGUCGAAGCCAAGCACAUUGUGCAUGUUGCCGAGAACAGUGCGAUCCAUGAUUUCCUUCUUGUUGACACCGAGGUAGGGAAGACAUCGUCUAAGAUGCCUCGUGUCCUCGCCCUUGGUGCCGCAGCUAUGGAGCUAGUGGAGGCAGGUAUCAUAGCCAUGGAAGCAAGAAAUAGAGGAGAGAGAGCAGGGAAGGUCAGGUUCAAGGUCGGAGAAGAAGAGGUGAAGAGCGCGCUCAUGGCUGAUCCGGAGGUCAAGGGGAUGGGUUUCAAUGCAUAG